UGGCGACUGGGACGCUGCUGCCGAAGUGACUCCCGGGCGGGGGAGCCGGGCCAGACCUGCGCCAGAGGGAACUGCAGAGAGCCGCAGCUCAGGGGGUGGGUUGUUGUGGGGGAGGGGAGGCAGCCUUUCCGCCUCUCCUUCCUUCUCUGCAGACCGGCGGAUCCCGAGAGCCGGUGCGAGGCGGGCACCCGGUGCGUCCCCGGAGUGGGGAGGCCAGGCCGGGCAGCCCUGGGGCCGGUCGGGGCGGCGUCAUUGCACCCUCCGCCAGGCCCCGCGGGAUGCACCGUGGGGGCCGAGGGCGGAGGCGACACUCUCAGGUAAAUUGGAAGGAUGAGGAGCAGCAAAUCAAAAGAGGUGCCUUUACCAAAUCCAAGGAACUCUCAAAGCAUGGAUACUGUUCAAGAUAUAACCACAUCAUGGGAUGCACUUUCUCAGACCAAGGCUGCUCUCAGACACAUUGAAAACAAAUUGGAAGUAGCCCCUACGAAUACAGCUGUGUUUGAUUCUGUCACGGAUACCAAGAAAUCUUCUGCAAGUGCUACCAGGAAAAUAAAUAGAAAAGAUGGUAGAUACCUGGAUGAUUCUUGGGUUAAUGCUCCAACCUCCAAAUCUUCUAAAUCACGGAAAGAGAAAUCUCGUAGUCCUCUCAGAGUUACAACCCUGGAGAGUAAUGUAAAGAAAAUUAAUCGUGUGGAGUUUCGUGAACCUUUGGUUUCUUACAGGGAAAUCCAUGGCACACCAUCCAACAUAAGUCCCAGCCAUUUAGAGUCAAAGCAUGUAUAUUGUGUGGAUGUUAAUGAAGAGAAGCCUGAGAGUGGGAACCGGAUGAUAUGCAGUCGAGAAGAUCGGAAUAUACAUUGCUGUGAUUUUGAGAGCUCCCAAUCAUCUGUCGUCAAUGAUACAGUUGUUAGGUUUUUAAAUGAUCGACCAACAAUUGAUGCAUUGCAAAAUUCUGAAUGUUUGAUUAAGAUGGCACCUUCUGUGAGAAGUGAUGAAGAAAAGCCUAAUAGAGCAAAAGGACAUGAGAACACUUUGAAGGCUUCUGUGUGUAACAUGGGUCAUGAUGUUGAUUCAAAAGUAUUACGGUUAACUGACUCUUCUCCAUCUUCUACUAGUACUUGUAAUUCCCAAAGAUUAGAUAUCCUAAAGCGGCGACAACAUGAUGCCAAACUGGAAAAACUCAAGGAGCGGAUUAGGAAACAGUGGGAACACUCAGAAGAAACAAACAACCAGGGCCAGAAUCUGGGUCAUAUUGACCAUCCAGUAAUGGUUGUUAAUGUUGAUAGCUCAGUGACGGCAAAAGUCAGGAAAGUGGCAACAGCACCACCUGCUCCAACAUAUAAAGGCUUCAAUUCUUCAGAGACCAAGAUUCGAACACCUGAUGGGAAAGUGUGGCAGGAGGCUGAGUUUCAAAACAUGAGUAGAGAACUGUAUCGUGACUUAGCACUUCACUUUGCAGAUGAUCGCUCUAUGAAAGAAAAACCUGCUGAAAAAAGUAAAGAGAAGAAAGUGGUUAAGCCAGUACGAAAAGUCCAAAAGGUAGCACAAUUACCAGGUCCAGAAUGCAAAACAGGGAGCAGUCAUCUGAUAAGUACAUCUUCUUGGCGAGAUGGACAAAAAUUAGUAAAGAAAAUUCUGGGACCUGCACCUAGAGUAGAGCAGAAAGAGCGAAGAGCAGCAUCAAGUGACAGAAGUGGAAGAGAAAGGACUACUAAAUCUGGGGGUCAUAUUGGAAGAGCAGAAUCGGAUCCUAGAUUGGAUGUUUCACACAGACAUCUUCCACGAAACUCAGAACGUUCAAGAAGUAGAGCUCGGUCAGAAAAUAAUGUAAAGAAAUUAGUUCCAUCUCUUCCAGAUAAUAAACAGGAGGAAAACGCUGCCUUAAAUAAGGACUUUUUACCUGUUGAAAUUCGUGGAAUUCUUGAUGACCUACAGCUGGAUUCAACAGCUCCGGCUGCAAGGCAAGAGACAGGAGAGUUACAAAAUCAGAAGUCAUCAGCAUCAAUACAAGCUCCUAGGAGUCAUAGCCCAAUAAAAAGAAAACCUGACAAAGUAACAGCUAACGAAGAUCCCCCUGUUAUUUCCAAGAAGCGUCACUAUGAUACAGAUGAGGUACGACAGUACAUUGUUAGACAGCAGGAGGAAAGGAAGAGGAAGCAAAAUGAGGAGAAGAAGGCUCAAAAGGAGGCCACUGAACAGAAGAACAAACGAUUACAGGAGCUCUACCGGAAACAGAAAGAAGCCUUUACUAAAGUGAAAAAUGUGCCUCCUUCUGAGCCAUCAGCAACUAGGCGAAUGCAGGAAACUUACUCCAAAUUGCUUCUAGAAAAGUCAUUGCUUGAAGAGCCAACUCAUCAACAUAGUACACAGGAAACACAGACGAGACCAGGGUAUCAGCCAUCUGGAGAAUCUGAUAAAGAGAACAAAGUGCAGGAACGUCCCCCAAGUGCAUCUUCCAGUAGUGACAUGUCUCUGUCAGAACCUCCACAGCCUCUUGCAAGAAGGGACUUGAUGGAUCCUACUUGGAUGCAGCCUGACAGACUGAGUCCGCGAGUCCACCAUUCUCAACCACAGCCUCUUGUUGGAACAGCUGGAAAUUUACUUUCCCAUCUCUUGAGUCUAGAGCAUGUAGGAAUUUUGCAUAAGGAUUUGGAAUCCAUUUUACCAACUAGGAAGAAUCAUAAUAUGGCUUCAGGGCCAUUAACUUUUACACCUCAACCAUAUCUGACCUCACCAGCUGCUCAUCCAGAUGCCUUGUUAAAACCUAGUGCUAGCCAAUAUAAGAGUAAACUGGAUCGUAUUGAAGCCUUGAAAGCAACAGCUGCUUCUUUGUCCAGCAGGAUUGAAAGUGAAGCCAAGAAAUUAGCUGGGGCUAACAUUAACUAUGGGUCCGGAUGGAACACUGAGUAUGAUGUGCAGCGAACACCCCAAGAAGAUGGACAUUGGACCAAGGUUAUAAGUCCACCUGUGAAAGAGGAUGCAGGAGAUGUUUUCUCUGCUCGAAUUCAAAAGAUGCUGGGAACCUGUGUAUCUCAUGCAACUUUUGAUGAUGAUCUUCCUGGUGUAGGCAACCUUAGUGAAUUUAAGAAGCUUCCUGAGAUGAUAAGACCUCAUAGUGCCAUAUCAAGCUUCAGAAUGAGAUCCCCUGGUCCCAAACCAGAAGGGCUGCUGGCACAGUUGUGUAAGAGGCAGACUGACUCUUCUAGCUCUGAUGUGCAAGCUUGUUCUCAAGACAAAGCCAAAGUGUCUCUUGGUUCCAGCACAGAUUCAGUCAGUGAAGGGCCUCUUCUUAGUGAGGGUAGUCUCUCUGAAGAAGAGGGAGGUCGAGAUGGACAGUCCCCUUUGAAGUUAGCAGAAAUCUUUAAGGAAAAGGAAUUUUGUGCUGGAGAAAGAAAUGCUUAUGAACCCAUCAAAGAGUUUCAGAAGGAAGCUGAAAAAUUCUUGCCACUCUUUGGGCACAUAGGUGGUACACAAAGCAAAGGACCAUGGGAAGAAUUGGCAAAGGGAAGUCCACAUAGUGUCAUUAAUAUUUUUACAAAAUCAUAUAAGUUGUAUGGAAAAGGAUUUGAAGACAGGUUGGAAAGAGGAACAUCAGCAUCGCGGCCUUUGAAUGCCAUCACAACCCCUCUAAGCAGCGUUUCAUAUGAAGAUGAUUUUGUCUCCUCUGCAGGGAGUGGGACUUUGACAGAAAAAAAGUCAGCUCUUGAACCCAAUAUUGGUAGUAACAGUUUAGGCAUUCAGGAGGAUCAUUCCAGCAGAAAGUCUGCCUAUGAUCUUUCCUCUGUGGAUGUUACCUCCCAGCACUCAUCAGGGGCCCAGUCUGCUGCAUCAUCUCGUUCCUCUUCUUCUUCUUCUUCUAAAGGAAAGAAAGGGAAAAAGGAAAAGAUAGAAUGGCUAGAUUCACUCACUGGAAAUAUUCAGAACUCACUUCUUGAUGAAGAAAAAGUACACUCUGGUUCAGAACGUGGCUCUCAUCAAGGAAAGAAAUCUGGGACCAGUAGCAAACUUUCUGUUAAAGAUUAUGAGCAGACUCUUGACACCGAUAGCACUUUGGAGGAUCUUUCUGGGCAUUCUUUGAGUGUCUCAUCAGACAAGGGAAGAUCUCAGAAAACUCCAACUUCUCCCCUAUCUCCAAGUUCCCAGAAAUUGUUGCAGUUUGACCUUCCAGGAACUUCAUUGGAAAGAUCUAAAUCCUCAAUAGUAGUGACUCCAAGUAUAACAGGAUUUAAGCCUAAUGCAACUUUUGCUGAUACGAACCUGGGUGCAAACAGAACGACGACAGAAAUGACUUCAACACCAGGUUCUAAGCGCUUUUCUCCUGCUGGCCUCCAGCAUCGUAUGGCAGCAGAACUCAGUUACUUGAGUGCCAUUGAGGAGUCGGUGCGCCAGCUAUCAGAUGUAGAAAGAGUUAGAGGCAUUUCACUUGCUCAGCAGGAGAGUGUGUCUCUGGCUCAGAUCAUAAAGGCACAGCAGCAACGCCAUGAAAGAGACUUGGCCCUUUUAAAACUGAAGGCUGAACAAGAGGCUCUGGAAUGUCAGAGACAAUUAGAAGAAACCAGAAGCAAAGCAGCUCAGGUCCAUGCGGAAUCAUUACAGCAGGUGGUUAAAUCACAACGGGAUGUAACUGAAGUCCUGCAGGAAGCAACUUGUAAAAUAGCCGCUCAGCAAACAGAGACUGCUCGCCUGACCACAGAUGCAGCACGCCAAAUCUGUGAGAUGGCAGAGUUGACUCGAACGCAUAUCUCAGAUGCCAUCACUGCUUCAGGAGCUCCCCUAGCAACGCUAUAUGACCACCAGCGGCAACACACUCCAGACUUCGUGAAACAACGAAGGACAAGAGCUGAAACAGAUAGAAAAAGUCAGUCUGGUUCACUCUCUCAGAGUAAAGAAGGGACCCUUGACUCCAAGCAUCAGAAGUUUUCCCCUUCAUAUGAUAGUUAUUCUGAGUCUUCAAGAUACAAGAAUCGCGAUAGAAGGAGUAGUAGUGGUAGCAGCCGUCAGGAAAGUCCUUCAGUUCCAUCUUCUAAGGAAAAUGAGAAGAAGCUUCAUAGUGAAAAGAUGGAGAGUUCUAUUGAUGAACAAGUCCAGACUGCUGCGGAUGAUUCUCUACGAAGUGAUAGUGUACCAUCUCUUCCCGAUGAGAAAGAUUCAACUUCUGUUGCAACAGAAUAUUCCCUGAAAUUUGAUGAAUCCAUGACAGAAGAUGAAAUAGAAGAAAAAUCGUUUCGAUCUUUACUACCUUCUGAGAGUCAUCGCAGAUUUAACAUGGAAAAGAAAAGAGGCCAUCAUGAUGACUCUGAUGAAGAAACUUCCCCAGAAAAGACUACGCUGUCCUCUGCCAAGGAGCUGAGCAUGCCAUUCUCAGGAGGACAAGACAGCUUUUCUAAAUUUACUAUGGAGAUGGUUCGACAGUAUAUGAAAGAAGAGGAAAUGAGGGCAGCUCACCAGUCUUCACUGCUGCGUCUCCGUGAAAAGGCCUUGAAGGAGAAAACCAAAGCUGAAUUAGCCUGGCUAGAACAUCAGAAGAAACAUCUACGAGAUAAAGGAGAAGAUGAUAAAAUGCCCCCACUCCGAAAGAAACAGCGUGGUUUGCUCUUAAGGUUGCAGCAAGAAAAGGCAGAAAUUAAACGUCUUCAAGAAGCCAAUAAAGCAGCUCGGAAGGAAAGACAACUGAUUCUUAAACAGCAGGAGGAGAUAGAAAGGAUCCGACAGACAACCAUAAAACUACAGGAGAAGUUGAAGUCUGCAGGGGAGAAUAAAUUGGACUCUCAUAGUGAUGAUGAUACAAAGAAUAAUAAGGCAACCAGUCCUGCUCCAACUGACUUGGAGACCCGCAGUCCUUCCCCCAUUUCAAUCUCCAGCAGUGAAACUAGCAGCAUUAUGCAGAAACUGAAGAAAAUGAGAAGCCGCAUGGAUGAAAAGUUUCUGACAAAGCGUGAGCAAAAACUAAUGCAACGGCGACAACAUGCAGAGGAGCUACUAGAGUGGAAGCGACGUUUAGAUGCAGAGGAAGCAGAAAUUCGUCAAAUGGAAAAACAAGCUUUGGCUGCCUGGGACAAAGAAUUGAUAAAACCUAAAACUCCUAAGAAAGAACUGGAGGACCAGAGAGCAGAACAGAAAGAAAUAGUUAGUGAAAUGGAAUCUCCAAUACCUUCCUACUCUCAUCUACACAGUGAAAGCUCUAUUCCAGAAGAAUUGGGCAGCCCUGCUGAUGAAUAUAUACCAUCUGAAUCUAUAGUUCAGGAGCAGCCUGGGAGUCCAGAUCACAGUAUACUUACUGAAGAAAUGGUUUUUUCACAAGAACUGGAAUCUUCUACCUCUCCUAGUAAACAUUCACCUCCUAAAAGCUGCACAUCUGUGUCAAAGCAGGAGUCAGGCAAAGGAAGUCAUAAGUCUGGAGGACAAUGUCGUCUACCCGUCAAGUCCCAUCAACACUGUUAUAGUUGGUCAGAUGAAUCAUUAUCUGUGACACAGUCAGAAACUACAUCUGACCAGAGUGACAUUGAAGGUAGGAUCAGAGCCCUAAAGGAUGAGCUGCGGAAAAGAAAAUCAGUUGUGGACCAACUGAAGAAGGAACAGAAGAAAAGGCAAAAGGAAAGACUGAAAGCCCAGGAAGCCAGUCUGAUCAAACAGUUGGAGUCAUAUGAUGAAUUCAUUAAGAAAACUGAAGCCGAGCUCAGCCGAGAUUUGGAAACAUCACCAACAGCCAAGCCUCAGAUUAAAACGCUCUCCUCAGCUUCUGAAAAACCCAAGAUCAAGCCCCUUCCACUACACAGAUCUGAAACAACAAAGAAUUGGAAGUCACUGACAGAGUCAGAACGUUCCAGAGGAUCCCUGGAGUCUAUUGCUGAACAUGUUGAUGCUGCAUUGGCAGGUUCUGAGAGAUCAGUAUCAGAAAGGUCUUUAUCUGCAUAUGCAAAGAGAAUGAUUGAAUUGGACAGUCGAACAGAAGAGCAUUUUCAGACUUCUUCUCCAAUUCUCAGAUCAUCAAGGAGAACCAGAGCAGAAUCUGGAGAUUCUCUAGAAAAUGUCCCUUCAUUACCUCUUCUCAAAGAAUUAAAUGCCUCUAAUAGAAUUCUUGAUGUGUCAGGUGCCAAGGUUGAAGAAGAAUCUAGUCAAAAAUCAGAAAUACAAGAAGUAGAAUAUGCAAAAUUGGAGGAGAGUGCAAUUGAAGAUGCCUAUUCUAAACAAUCUAGGAAGUCUGAUGUCUUCCUGAAACUAGACCUGGAACAGGGAGAUUCAUCUGAAAUUCUUUCAAGGAAAGAUCUUUCUUUGGAGUCUAUAAAUGUUCAGAAGGACUUAAUUAGAUUAGCUAUUGAAAAUCUUCAUAAAAAAGAGUCAAAAGAGAGACAGUCAGAUCAAGAUACGAGUCACAGUCCAAACAUCCAAUCAGAAAAAGACACUCAUGUACAAAAGAAUAUAAAGAGCAGAGACUCAUCUUGGUCAGAACAUCUUUUUACACCUAAAGAGAUAUCAUACUCUGAAGAUUUUGAAGUAUCUUCUUUCAAGAAAGACAUUUCAGCUGAACUGUACAAAGAUGACUUCGAGGUGGCAUCGUUGCUGUCACUCAGGAAAGACUCUCAGUCUUGCAGAGAGAGGUCACAGGCAACAGGGAUCUCCAGAAGUAGAGCCACUAGCUUUGGUAGUGAUGAUGGAAUCAGUGAGUGCCUCAGUGAGAAAAGCCUUUCUAUUCAUAGCAGUGUCCAUUCUGAAAGGCUGUUAGAACUCAAGUCCCCCACUGAGCUAAUAAAAAGUAAGGAGCCCAGUGAUGUAGAGCAUGAACAGGGAGUUACUGAAUCCCCUUCCUUAGCUUUAGCUUCUCUUGCAGAUGAGUUACUUGAUUUCCACAUUGGUGAUAGGGUGUUGAUUGGCAAUGUUCAGCCAGGAAUUCUUCGAUUCAAAGGUGUGACUAGUUUUGCUAAAGGAUUUUGGGCUGGAGUGGAGUUGGAUAAACCUGAAGGAAAUAACAAUGGAACUUACGAUGGCAUUGUAUACUUUGUGUGCAAAGAGAAGCAUGGGAUUUUUGCUCCUCCUCAAAAAAUAUCUCACAUUCCAGAAAACUUUGAUGACUAUGUAGACAUAAAUGAAGAUGAAGACUCUUAUUCAGAUGAACAACAUCAAUACUAUAAUCAAGAACAAAAAAAUACAGAGGGUCCCAAGUUUGACAAAGGAAAGGAUGCAAUUGAGUAUUUUUAUAAGGAAUCUCUACCUAGUAUGCACGACACAGAAGCCUCAGUUGAUAGAAGCCUUAAAAUUGAAACAGACAAUAUACAGGACAUUUCUGGGGAACUUGAAGCCCAUAUUCACCAGCAGCAUUCAGUGGAUUCACUGAUUUCUUCAAAGGAAAACAAAGACCUUGUUUCUGGUGCCACUGAAAAGGUUUCCACUGCUGUAGUAGAAGACGAUACUUUAGAUAAUACCUUCUCUGAAGAAUUAAAGAAGCCACAGCAGUUUACAGAAAAGGAAGAGAACCGAUAUCCUGAAGUUUCAGAAAAUCUUUCCACCCCACUUCUGGACCUUUUAGCAAGAGAAAAGAACCAAUUGGAAGCCCAGCUGAGGUCAUCACUAAGUGAGGAAAAAAAGUCAAAGGAACAACUAGAAACAGUCAGCUUACUGACAGACAGUUUACUAAACAUCUUUGUGAAGGACACAGUCAGUCAACUGCAACAAAUCAAAAAAGCUAGGAAUGAGAAAAUCCAGCUUAGCAAUCAAGAGCUUCUUGUUGAUGAUCAAAAGAAAGUACCACCCCAAGGCCUAUCCCCAAAUCUUGAGGAAGAGUCACCAGGUGUUCCAGAUUGCUUCUUAAGGUCUGAAUUGGAAGAUGAGAAAGAAGAGAUUUCCUCACCAGAUAUGUGUCCUAGACCAGAGAGUCCAGUAUUUGGUGCCAGUGGGCAGGAAGAGCUUGCUAAGAGACUUGCUGAACUUGAGAUCAGCCGGGAGUUCCUGAGCGUGUUAGGAGAUGAUCAAGACUGGUUCGAUGAAGACUUUGGUUUGAGCUCUUCUCACAAGAUCCAAAAAAACAAGGCAGAAGAAACAAUUGUACCUCUCAUGGCAGAACCUAAAAGAGCUCCGCAAAAGCCAUGUGAAACAUUAUUGGCAGUCCCACAUACUGCAGAGGAAGUAGAAAGUCUUGUACAUAAUGCUGCAGAAGAACUUUGGAAAUGGAAAGAAUUAGGUCGUGAUCUUCACAGCGUCAGUAUUCCUACAAAACUGCUUGGCUGUGCCAGUAAGGGUCUAGAUAUAGAAAGUACUAGUAAAAGGGUGUACAAACAGGCGGUUUUUGAUUUAACAAAAGAGAUUUUUGAGGAAAUAUUUGCCGAAGAUCCCAACUUGAAUCAACCUGUGUGGAUGAAGCCAUGUAGAAUCAACUCUAGUUAUUUCCGACGAGUGAAAAAUCCAAAUAACCUUGAUGAAAUCAAGAAUUUCAUAGCAACCGAAGUACUCAAGCUGUUCAGUCUUAAAAAGGAGUCAAACCACAAAACAGAUUGGCAGAAAAUGAUGAAAUUUGGAAGAAAGAAAAGAGACCGAGUGGAUCAUAUCCUGGUACAGGAACUCCACGAGGAGGAGGCACAGUGGGUGAACUAUGAUGAGGAUGAGUUGUGUGUGAAGAUGCAGCUAGCUGAUGGGAUCUUUGAGACCUUGAUCAGAGAUACUAUUGAUGUUCUGAAUCAGAUCAGUGAAAAACGGGAGAAUGCUACUUGUGUGACAUCUUGCAAAUAAAUCGAACACUGAGUGCUAAUAUGAGUCCUGGGCCUUUCUGCCUCCUGAUAUACACCCCAUCUCCAUCAUAACAAGAGUGCUUCUGGACCUUGUACCUGUUCUUAAAGACUACUGGUUUGGAGUUCAUGGGACAAUGUGGUAUAUCUGGUAUUACAGCCUGCCUUUAGAGACUGUCCACUGGGUCAAUUGGUUGUUUUUGGUGGGCAGGGUCUGAUGUUGACACACAGUAUAAUCCUACACCUCUUGUUAGCAUCCCUACUGGGUCUCAGAUGAGGGCUGAAAACACCAGACUUAGCUCUUAGCUUAGACUAGGGUAUCACUUCCUUGAGUCUGAAGUCAAGCAAGAGAGGUACAUAGACGUGCAUCAUACCGUUUCUGAAAUGUAAUCCUGGUUUAUACUAUGAAAGUCAUAAAUGGACAUUGUAGUCUCUAAACAGUAUUAAACCCUGAACUACUUUCAGAUAGGCAAGUUUAAUAAUGUGUGCCUAUUUCCCAUUGUGGAGUUCAUUUCGUUUCUUUUUGAAGACCAUCUUCUUCCAUUAUUGCGAUUGAGCAGCACCAAGUGGACUGUCAAGUUAACAGGAAUCAAUGGUAGCCUUGCUUUUUGAGCACCAUCUAAAGAGUUUUAAACUUUUGCAUUAUAUUUAGUUUUUUCUCUGUGGGCAUGAAAACAAAGAAGUGCCCCCACUGAAGACUGGGCUUACGGGACUGGUGCAGGGCUGGUUCUUCUACCCUUUGUCUACCCUGCACUUUUCUUACUUCUUCUGAACCUCUACCAGCUGCUCCCAGAAUCACAGAUCCUCAGGACCAUCUCAGGCAUCCAGGCAUGGCAGAAGUGGAAAUAAUUCAUUUUGGCCUUCAAACUUUCAGCUCCCAUAUCUCCCCAAGAAGUCAGAGACGCUGUUACUUGAAUGAUUUAGGAAAUGAGUGUGUGCACCAAAGACAAAAUUGUCUAUUGUUUGUGUGCUUGUUUUACGCUGUAGAACAUUUUUUUAAUUUAUUUUAAGAUAAAUUAUUAAGUUGAAAAUGUAUGUCCCUAUUCAGAAGUGAAAGAUUCUUCUUGUAAUAGUUAAACUUCCGUCUUGAAGCUUCUAUGGUUCGUAGUCUUUGCACAGGAAACCUAUGGUUUUAACAAACCCAUACACCUAUCGAAGAAGGCAGUUUAAUUCAGUGAAAAGAUGAGCUUUUCUAAGAUCACCUGCAGUAGCAGGAAUGGAAUAAAAUGAUUCAAAGACACUGUAAAAUUCAGUUCUGCCUCUCUUACAACAUUGCUUCUCACAACUAUUACCUGUAUCUAAAAAAAUAUAUAUAGACUCCAGCUGCUACAUUAGAGCAUAUGUGAUGCUCUCCUGGGACCUCAGUACCCUGCCUUCUUGACUGGUUUCUCUUAAUCGGUCCUAUCCUUCUUCAAGUAAUCUAGAAGAAUGUGGAUAAUCUUAGGCGUGAAUGUAAAUGCCUUAAUAUUGAAGGUCCUGAUUAGAAGCAUGAUAUAAGACAUCCACUGGAUUCAUACUUACAAAUAUCCUGGAAUGUUAUAACUUCAAAAUAUGUUAGGAAAACCCCAAAGAUGGUAUAAUCUUUAAGUGUGCACAUUCGUUCAUUUUUGCAUCUUUCCCCCAAACUUGCCUUUGCGUCUCAAAUGUUUCACUAUGCACACUUCCAUUCCUCUUUGGUUUCAUCUUGUCAUUAUGAGAAACUCAUUGAAAUAAUCAUUGGAAUAUUUGCAUUUUGCACAAUGACUGGUAUGGUAGCUCUUGACAAAUAAGGAAAGCACUGAAAUGUUGUGAUUGGGUCUUGGGAAAUGCUCAGAUUGAUGUUGCCAGCAUUUCUUUUAGGCUUUUUGAUGUUGAGCUCUAGUCUUGUAGCCAUAAUGAGCAAAUUGACUAAGAGAAGUUAGGGUUUCUUGGGGUUAUUAACCAGUAGUGUGGAGAUAUUAUUUUCAUGUGGCCAAGGAAAAGCGAAGCCUUUUCUUUUCCGUUUGUAUUAGUUAUUUGGAAGAUGGAAAAACAUCUUGUCUGCAUCCUUUGGCUGUUUGUAGGAUUACAUUGUCCUUAUGAUACUGAAACUUUACAGCUGCUGUAAAUUUUUUAUAAAUGAAUAUGAAAAUAAUAUAAUAGGAAUAUAGGUGGUUUUUUCUACAUCCUCAUUAUUUGGACCUAAACCAAUUUUUAAUAAAGUUUAUCUUUACUCUUUAUGACAUUGUGAUUCCAGAAAAGGAAAAAAAAUGAUAUAAGUCCAUGGAAUCAGCAACUUGGACUUAAAGUUCCCUGGUAAGAAUGCUGCCAAGAAUGUGGCAGUGGCAGUCCUAACAUACUCCAGCUGUCUUUACUAUCUUGAGAAUCCUGGGUUCCAGAUGAGAGGCAGGAAUGGGUCAGUCUUACUCUUUGCUAGAAAUGAUUAUCUGUAGUUUGGUAUCAGAAAACAAAGGAAUCAGUAAUUAGCAGAGUUCUUAUUGAUUUAACUAUUUGGAUGUAAUUGAAAAGGGGUUAGUUGCUAGCAUUAGGAAUGGUGAACAUGGAUACCCAGCCACUUGUUCCAUAUUGGGAUCUUUUUAAUCAAGCUCUGCCUCUUAACCAAGAAUCUAAAUAUUCCUUCUUUGUAAUCUUUGUUCCUUCUCCCCACACUCCCAUCCUCUUUCACUCUUUCUUCAUAAUUCCUCUAAGAAAAAGAUCUUUGCAUCAGCAGUAAUAUCUUUUAGAAUAAUAGCACUAUCAGAAUUUAGCAGUAAACCAACAUAUAGGCUUCAGAAUUUAUUUCUGGGUCCAAAACAAUUUGUGCUAUCCAGGGUACUUCACUCUGGGUUAAAUAAGUACAGGGUAUAGAUUCCCUCUUCAGGUCUAAACAGGAAUUUUUACUCUAGGGAAAAGUGGGAAGAGCUCAAAAGUAGUUAAUAAGGAAGGUAAUUUGUUUUUCUUUUAUGUAAAAGAAAGGAAAAAUUCCUUCUGUGACUACAUGUCUCUGAGAAAUUAUCUUUCAAAAGAGAUUUCAUUGCUCAUAAGAGUGUUGUGGCCUAUUGAUAAAAAACAAUUUUGUUCACUUUCUUGUCUUGAAAAAAAGUGGCCUUAGCUUUUUGCAAUACUUGAAUAAAGUGUGUACUCGCACAGCGUUAGAGACUCAUAACUUUUCUGCAAGAAGUUCAAACUUACAUCUUCUUUUACUACCUUAAGAAUACUAGUGAAUAAAACAUUAAUUCAAAGAGCAAACGAUAGAAACUACAAUGAUGUUUAAUGCAAAUUGUAGAAAUUUACAUGUUUACAAAUCAUCUUAAACUGGUUGUGCAGCAAUUCAAUAAAAUAUCUUUGUAUUAUAAAAAUGUGAAGAAAAAAAUGUAAACUGAUGUAAAGGAGGUACUGUCAUUUUAAUUAACCUAUGUUUAAUAGCUUUUCCUUCCGAACUUUGCAAAGCCUUCUCGGUAAACACAUUGCAAAGCGUUCCCUGGGAGGCCCGGCCUCCCUGUGUGUACUGUAUUGUGCAGACAUGAAAAAUAAACCCGUUUACUGUGUAUGUGUAAAUAGCCUGGUCAUCAGGCCAUUUUCAGCCAAUAGUCACAUCCAGUGCAACUUUGCACAGAAGACUUAGGGUGUGGUUUGUAAGUAUGAUCUGUAAAAUAACUGGGAUGAGUUCCCAUGUACACCUGUGUAAAUAGAUUUGUUAACUGAAAUGUACUUUAAGAAAGGAUAAAAUCUGUAAAUAAACUGAUUUGUA